CUUGUUAGUCUUCAGGGCUUCAGUCUGGGCUUCUCGUCUGGAUGGGAGGAAAGAUUUCUGCUUUGGUGCUUCUAUUGGAUGACCAUGUGACAGAACGGAUUAAGGGCAAUGGGAUCCCGGAUCAAGGAAAAUCCACAGAAAAUAUUUGAUCUUUUCUUCGAGGCUGCCUGUCCAGUGUGUGGAGAUGAUGAUCCCCAAGUGCUCAGACAGUUCCCGCUGGAGUUCGAUGACCAGGAAUCGAUCCAGAUGCUGCCCAGGUUUUGCUUCCCUUUUGACACUGAAAGGGUUCAGGAGAGCCCCACUGUCCAGCACUUUACUUUUGCACUCACCGAUAUGGAAGGGAAGCAGCGUUUUGGUUUCUGCCGGUUGUCCAUAGGAUUCCAUACCUGCCUGUGUAUCCUCAGCUAUUUACCCUGGUUUGAAGUUUUCUACAAAAUCCUGAACUACAUUGCAGAUAAUAUUGUCAAGAAGCAGUUUGCAGAGCUGAAUGAGUUUUUGUCAGCAUUUCAUGUCCACCCUAUGCCUAACCUGGACAGAUUUAUUAGCCUUGAAUUUGACCCAAAACUUACCAAAUUGAAAAUUUUCACGGAGAAGGAUCGGAAUAAGGAAGGCAGGAGCCAGGAUCCUGGAACAGCACUGGCUUAUUUCCUUGCUCCAGGCCAUGGUAAACUACCCACCAUUCCUGAAAAUAGGAACCUGACAGAGUUUGUUGUGGCUGUGGAUGUGAACAACAUGCUGCGUUUAUAUGCAAGCCUGCUCCAUGAGAGACGGAUCCUGCUGACCACCAACAAGCUGAGCACGCUCACCGCCUGUGUGCAGGCCUCUUCCUUAAUGUUGUACCCCAUGCACUGGCAGCACAUCUACAUCCCUGCAUUGCCCUCCCAUCUCCUGGACUAUUGUUGUGCCCCCAUGCCCUACCUCAUAGGAGUCCACACCAGUCUUAUGGAGAGAGUGAGGAGCAAGGCCCUGGAAGAUGUCGUCAUUCUCAACAUUGAUAGCAACACCAUGGAGUCACCCUUCCAAGACCUGGAAAGCCUCCCAAGUGAUAUAGUCUCCCUUCUGAAGUUCCAGUUGAAGAAACAGUCAGCAACCACUGGGGAUGGUGUUGCCCGAGCCUUCCUCAGGGCACAGGCACUCUUGUUCGGUGGCUACCGUGAGGCACUUGUUUGUAACCCAGGAGAGCCCAUCUCCUUUUGCAAAGAGAGCUUCUUGCAGCAAGGAUCCAAUGCCAUGCAGGCCUUCCUCCAGAGAGCCAUUCACCUGCAGCUAUUCAAAGAGUUUAUUGAAGACCGCCUGCAGAAGCUAAAUGCUGGGGAAGACUUCUCUGACCACUUUGAGCAGGAGAUCAAUCAAAGCCUGUCCCCAGGCAGCAUGCAUGCCUAUCACCUGUGGCUGGAGAACUUAAAGAAAGGUGGUGGAGCUCUGAUCAGUACCAUGAAAAACAAGACCAAUCCAGCAGUCAGGAACGCAUACCGAUAUGCCAAAGGCCAUGCCAAAACAAGGUUAAAGAAUAUGCGGAGCCGACUGAUGGAUAAGGACUCCCGUGUAGACCAGCAGCAACAGCGAGAUCUUUCCAUGAACUGUGAUCACAUCUCUAGUCCUAUCAUGCCCGACAGGAAUAGACAGUCUGAGACCCUGCAGAGCCGGUUGCCCAUCACCCAGCAUUUUGGGAAGUCCCGCCCCAGGAGACCACAAAGACCAAAUAGCAGGACAGAUUUGGAGAAUCAGAGGGAUGUUUCUCCUUCUUUGAGCACAACAUCCUUGGAUUGCUCCCUGGACCCGUAUGAAGGUGAACAUCUGCAACAGAGUUCACUGGAUUCUGGUGGUUUCGAUCUCUUGGGUGAAAUCUUUGAGACACUCAACCUGUUGGAGCCCAGCUCAGCUGGACGACCUCUCUAUGGCACCCGCAGCCUGGAUUUCUGCAAUUUAGAUGAAAAGAAUUUCUAUACUAAGAUAAGGCCCAGCAGAGAAACCCUUUAUGAACCCCUGUCAGAAGAACAGGAUGAUGGGGAGUUCUUAUCUGUUGACAGGAUGUCCCUGCCCUCUCUGCACCAAGAGAAUAUGCAGAGUGCCUUGCUGCUAUCCAUGAGUGCUGCAGACCAAAGCCAUGAGAUGUGUAGCUAUGGUACCUCCGGGUCUCAAGAGGUAUCUGGUCCAGAGAAGGCAACUUUGCCUCUCCAGGAAGAAGAGGAGGAGAUAGCUGCACAUGAUAGCAACGAGCUGUCACAUGUGGGAUGGACCCAGAAUGCAUACCAGGAGAUCUCCCAUCCUAUUGCACCAAGAACAGAAAGCCCUACUGGUAUCAGACAUGUAGAAGAAUCAAGGGUUGACCAGAUUCUUGCUUCAGCAGACAUCCCCAGCCCAAAGGAAGAACUGCAAGCCACUAGUUACUCUAGCAUCCAAGCACCUGCAGCAUCAUGCCAAACAAAAGUUAGCUUGACCACCAGUGUCAAAGUAAACAAUGAGAACUUGCCAACCCUUCCACAGGUCACCAGCACACAACGCCUCUUGGCACCCAGACCUAUGGCCCAGCCCAGAGUCUCGGAACUGAAAAAGAGAUUUGAGGCCUAGAAGGUAUUCUUGAAAAUGGGCUGUGGAUACAGUUGGGAAGUCAGACCUUCUAGAUGUAGCUUCUGGAAAGAACACAUUGGCCCCGUGGCUGGUGUAAGCCACACUAAAGGUCUGGUCCUCUAAAAGAAGACUCUGGACUUUGAAAAGCUCUAGUGCAAGCAAUAGCUCUGACACACCCAAAUUAUGGCUAUGAGGAAGAGGGGUAGCUUCAUUAUGGCCAGCCAUUCCUGCUUCUCUCCAUCUGUUACCAUAAUAAGCAGUUUGUUCACCUGGACAGCUGAAGACUCCUAGUUUUAGGAGUUAGCACCUAGGCUUUGAAAUGUUAUUUUGGAGGGGGGGGGGGUAUGUACAGUUUUAGAAAAUGUAACAUUUCCAAUUUUCUGAUAGAACAGACAUUUAAAUAAAUAUGCCAAACUUGCCAGAUUCCCAUUCC